UUUGAUAUAAAAAAGAGUACAAAUAUAAAAGAUUAGUUAAUCAGUUUACUAACGGGCUUGGACCUUAAAGCCCAGCUAUAGAGACGAGUUGUUUGCUCUCUCCGGCGGCCUCUCUCUAUGCUCUGCAUCAGCGCAUGACGUCACGCUCCGCCUAUGGUGACUUCAUGCUGAAAUCUUUGAAUCUUGUCUGAAGCUUAGCAUGAAUUCCGUAAAACACGGGUUUUUGCAUCACACUCGUUCCAUUAAAGCUGGUUUAGCCCUGACAACAGUCUCCUCGAACCAUCUCGUUAAUAUCUACUCAAGAAAUGGCUUAUUACAGGAAGCUCGGAAGGUGUUCGACGAAAUGCCUGAGAGAAACGUUUACUCAUGGAACGCUAUGAUCUCGGCCUACGUAAAGUCCAACGAUUUGAAAGAAGCGAAUAAACUGUUCAGAACGGUUAUUUCUAAACGAGAUUUGGUAACCUAUAACACUCUGCUUUCAGGGUUUGCCAAAGCUGAUGGGUGUGAGAGUGAAGCCAUUGAGAUGUUUGGUGAGAUGCAAAGGAAAGAAGAGGACGGGGUUUGGAUUGACGAUUUCACUCUCACCAUAAUGCUCAAACUCUCUGCGAAGCUAACCAACGCGUUUUAUGGUGAGCAGUUGCAUGGCGUUAUGGUGAAAACAGGGAAUGAUGCAAGCAAGUUUGCUGUGAGUUCUCUCGUUCACAUGUACUCAAAAUGUGGGAAGUUUAAGGAAGUUUGUAGUGUCUUUGAUGGAUCGUGUGUUGAGGUUAUUGAUGGUGUGGCUAAGAACGCGAUGGUUGCUGCUUAUUGUAGAGAAGGUGACAUUGACAGAGCUUUGAGUAUAUUCUGGAGGAAUCCAGAAAUGAAUAAUACAGUUUCUUGGAAUACAUUGAUUUGGGGAUAUGCGGAGAAUGGAUUUGAUGAAGAAGCUUUGAAGAUUGCUGUUAGUAUGGAGGAAAGUGGGUUGAAAUGGGAUGAACACACAACCGCGGCUGUACUAAAUGUUGUGAGUAGUUUGAAGAGCUUGAAGAUUGGAAAGGAAGUGCAUGGUCGGGUGGUGAAGAUCGGAUCAUAUUCUAAUAAGUUUAUAAGCAAUGGGAUUGUUGAUGUUUACUGUAAGUGUGGAGAUAUGAAGUAUGCAGAGUCUGUCCAUUUGUUAUAUGGUUUUGGCGACUUGUAUUCAACUUCUUCGAUGAUUGUGGGUUACUCGUCUCAGGGCAAGAUGGUGGAAGCGAAGAGGUUGUUUGAUUCUUUCUCCGAGAAGAAUCUAGUGGUGUGGAGUGCAAUGUUCUUGGGAUAUCUCAAAGUAUGUCAACCUGAUUAUGUCCUUGAACUUGCACGUGAGUUUAUAGCCAAGGAGAACAAAGUUACUGAUUCUUCGGUCAUGGUUAGCAUCCUUGGUGCAUGCUCUUUACAAGCUUCAAUCGAACCGGGGAAGGAGAUUCACGGUCACAGCUUGAGAACGAGGAUUUUAAUGGAUAAGAAACUUGUGACUGCUUUUGUUGACAUGUAUUCAAAAUGCGGGAACGUUGAGUAUGCUGCAAAGGUCUUUGAUAGUAGCUUCGAGAGAGAUACAGUUAUGUACAACGCUAUGAUAUCUGGUUAUGCUCAUCAUGGACAUGACGAAAACUCUUUCCAGCUCUUUGAAGAUAUGACUGAAGCUGGACUCAAGCCGGAUGAGAUCACGUUUAUAGCGCUCCUAUCAGCUUGUCGUCACCGUGGCUUAGUUCUAGAGGGUGAGAAGUACUUCAAGUCGAUGACAGAGGUUUGCAAUAUAUCCCCCGAGGUUGGUCACUAUACCUGCAUGAUAGAUUUGUACGGAAAGACCAAUAGAUUAGACGAAGCCAUAGAACUAAUGAAAGGUAUUGAUGAAUCUGAAGAAGAUGCUGUUAUUCUUGGAGCGUUUUUAAAUGCUUGUAACUUGAACAAGAGUACAGAGCUUGUGAAGGAAGUGGAAGAGAAACUGUUAGACAUUGAUGGAUGUAACGGGUCUCGGUAUAUUCACCUUGCUAACUCUUAUGCCUCGUCUGGUAGAUGGGAUGAGAUGAGACAGAUACGGAAUCGUAUGAGAGGGAAGGAGCUGGGAAAGUUUUAUGGGUGCAGCUGGGCAUAUAUUGAUAAUCAACUUCAUAUGUUUAGGUCCUCUGAUAGUUCGCAUUUCAGAACUGAAGCUAUAUAUUCUAUGCUACAUUUUGUGACUAAGGAUUCGACUGAAAUGAUUGCUUAAGAAAGAGAUAGCUUUCUCAGUGUUCUUCUCAUCAUCAGUGAUUGUUGGUCAUCACUGUUUUGAGUGUCCACAUUCUGUUUUACUUGCCUCUGUUGGAUGAUCGCUCUUUUGAAGCUGUUGCAUCAGCCAGAAGAUUCAGAAGCAAGAAACCUAAGCUUUCUUAUCCAAAGUGGUUGUAUAAAACUUCCUCCAUUGAUGGAAUCAUGGAAGGGCAUGUUAAGUCUUAACUUAGCUCACCCAUACAAGGUCAUAAAUCAAGCAACACAAUACAAUGGAGUUAAGACAACAACUGAAACAACAUCACACACCAACACAGAACAACAACGGCAACAGAAACAGUACAAGAACAAUGGAUUCAUAAAAGAAAAUCAAAACACAAAGCGAAACCUUCGAAAAGGAAACCUGUCUUAGCAAGUUGCACCAGAUAAUCCACACUUCUCCGGGAGUUUAGAAGCGAGGUCGAGGUCGAUCGAACUGAGAAAAGGAUUGGUUUUGGUUUUCUGCUUGCAGAGACACUGGAAGUCAGCCUUUGACAGGGCAGUGCAGCAAGGGCCCUUGGGAUCAAUCGCGGAGGUCACUGGGUUCUUACUCUGCACAUAGGGCUUGCAAGAGUACAGAUCAGAAACGCUCAUACCACAGAACUCUCCCGUUGCUGCCGUGAGUGUCAAGGCAAGAACCAAGGUAAUAAGGACAAGCUUAGUGUUUGGCUCCAUUGCUUUGAGUAUUUUGAGAGAUUGUUUUGCAAGUACUAGAUGGUUUGCUAUUUCUUAGCUUAGGAUAGGCUAGGUUACCUGCUUCAAAUGGUUUAUAUAGAGAGGAUAGGCACGUUACUGGUGAGAUUAGAUCUAUAAAAUUAUCAUAAUAACUUGAAAACAUGGGUCCCUAGUAUCAUAUAAGACAAUAAUCUUGUGACUAAUCUCAGAACUAAUCUCAUGUGCAUAUCUAUUUAAGUGCAUAUGUAGGGGAAUAUCGAAUGUAUGAGAUGGUCUAUACUAUACAUGUAGAUGUAGUGUAAUCGAUAUUCUUUUGUUGUCUUAUGAUACUUUUAAUGUAAUAUAAAGUAAGAACACCCGUGAGACAUUGGCAUUACUUUCGUUCCAAUGUGCUAACUUGUCACGGGCCUUCUUUGGUGUCCUCAAACUUUAUUGGGGACUCAAAUUUAAUUGCUUUCAUAUGCAACUUCUUGUACUUUUGAUAUAUCUUGGACGUAUUAUCCUAUCCCAAUUUGACAAUUUUUUAUUGAGAAUAAACGAUAUUUUAUU